AUUGUUUUCGGCGCGGUCACACUUAAUAAUAAGAAAUUUCUUAUGCUUAUUAUUUCACCAUUUCAUUUGCGAAAUCCGAGAGAAAUUUAAGAGCAACCCGGUGUGCGAGGCGGCGACAUUCGUUGUCAGUUCGAAGAACCCAUUAUUUCCGGACCAAAAUUGUGUCAGUGUAAGAGGCUUGGAGGCGGUGGCCACGCAAUCCGGGCGACCGAUCGUUGGGUAACCUAGCGAGAACCGAAAAACCGCCGUAGUCAUGGCUUUCCGGCUGCUUGGCACGGCCAAAACGAUGGCCGGAAUGAUGCGGCGCAACUACACUGCGGGUUCCCUGGCGGGAAAGGGACAACGCACACACAUGGGAGCCACUGGCGCCGGGGUUUACAUCCUGCCAACGGAGCUGUCGCCCCUGCUGCGCUAUGUGGUCAAACAGAUCCAGUUGCUCUGCAAAAAGCCGCCAAAAGGAUUCGAGAAAUAUUUCGAAGCCGGCGGCAAGUCGUCUGGUCAACCGAAAGGAUCCGUUGGCGAUAAGAAGCCACCUUCGGGUUCCAGUAAAUCCGCCUCGGAAAAGCCCAGCACAUCAACACCCGCCUCGGCUAAACCCAGCAGGUCUCAAACAGAUGCGAAAUCUGACUGGAACUUCGGCAUGUUCAGCAACAGUUCAAGAGGGCCGGCAGGAAAAGGAGGCAACUCGCUGGGCGGACGACCUCUGGGCGAGAACGGCGGCGGCGGGGACAGGGAGCGAUGGAUCCUUCUGGGUGCCAUCGGAGCCGUCGUCCUGGUGGGUUCGUUCGCCUUCUUCGAGAUGGGCUACAAGGAGAUCUCUUGGAAGGAGUUCGUCAACAGCUACUUGUCAAAGGGCGUCGUGGAAAAGCUGGAGGUGGUUAACAAGAAGUGGGUUCGAGUGCGUCUGCAGCAGAACAGCAACAGCGGCAGUGGCGUCUUGUGGUUCAACAUCGGCAGUGUUGACAGCUUUGAGCGAAACCUGGAGGCGGCCCAGACGGAACAGGGAACGGAGUCCAUCAACUUUGUGCCCGUUAUCUACCGCAACGAGGUGGAGGCCGCUAGUCUGACAGGUCUGCUGCCCACACUGCUCAUCAUUGGCUUCCUGGUCUAUAUGAUGCGCAAGUCGGCCGAUAUGAUGGGUGGAGGCCGUGGACGCAAGGGUGGUGGCCUUUUUGGUGGUGUCAUGCAGUCCACCGCCAAGCUAACCAAUCCCAGUGAGAUUGGUGUGGGUUUCAAGGACGUGGCCGGUUGCGAGGAGGCCAAAAUCGAAAUCAUGGAGUUCGUGAACUUCCUGAAGAAUCCGCAGCAGUAUAUCGAUUUAGGCGCUAAGAUACCAAAGGGUGCCAUGCUUACUGGCCCACCCGGAACGGGUAAAACGCUUUUGGCGAAGGCCACCGCUGGCGAGGCUAAUGUGCCCUUCAUCACCGUGUCGGGAUCCGAGUUCCUCGAGAUGUUUGUGGGCGUGGGACCUUCUCGUGUCCGCGACAUGUUCGCCAUGGCCCGAAAGCAUGCCCCCUGCAUCCUCUUCAUCGACGAAAUCGAUGCUGUGGGUCGCAAACGUGGUGGCAAGACCUUCGGCGGCCACUCGGAGCAAGAGAAUACCCUCAACCAACUUCUGGUGGAAAUGGAUGGCUUCAAUACCACUACGAAUGUGGUCGUUCUGGCGGCCACCAAUCGUGUUGAUAUUCUGGACAAGGCUCUUAUGCGACCAGGUCGUUUCGAUCGGCAGAUAUAUGUCCCAGCACCUGAUAUUAAGGGCAGGGCGAGCAUCUUUAAGGUGCAUCUGGGUAACCUGAAGACGACGCUGGAUAAGAAUGAGCUGAGCAGGAAAAUGGCUGCACUGACACCAGGCUUCACAGGCGCCGACAUUGCCAAUGUGUGUAACGAAGCAGCUUUGAUUGCUGCCCGCGACUCCAAGGAUUCGAUUGUGCUCAAGCACUUCGAGCAGGCCAUUGAGCGUGUUAUCGCCGGCAUGGAGAAGAAGACCAAUGUUCUGGCGCCGGAGGAAAAGCGAACGGUGGCACACCACGAGGCUGGCCAUGCGGUGGCCGGUUGGUUCCUGGAGCACGCCGAUCCCCUGCUGAAGGUCUCGAUUAUACCACGCGGCAAGGGUUUGGGCUACGCCCAGUACCUGCCUAAGGAUCACUACUUGCUUUCCAAGGAGCAGUUGUUCGAUCGCAUGUGCAUGACGCUCGGCGGCCGUGUGGCCGAAGAGCUGUUCUUUAAUCGCAUUACCACUGGUGCCCAGGAUGAUCUGAAGAAAAUCACCGAUAUUGCCUACUCCCAGGUGGUGCGUUUCGGCAUGAACGAGAAGGUUGGGCAGGUUAGCUUCGACGUGGGCCAGGCCGGAGAUCCCGUGUUCAGCAAGCCCUACUCGGAGGACACUGCUCAACUGAUCGACAACGAGGUGAGGUCGAUUAUCAAAUGUGCGCACGAGGCCACCACUAGUCUGCUGACGAAGCACAAGGAGAAUGUUCAAAAAGUGGCGGAAAGACUGCUCCAAAACGAAGUGCUCAGUCGUGAUGAUAUGAUUGAGCUGCUGGGCCCACGACCCUUCAAGGAGAAGUCAACCUACGAGGAGUUCGUCGAGGGAACUGGCUCCUUCGAGGAGGACACCACGCUGCCUGAAGGCCUUAAGAGCUGGAACAAGGAAAAGGAACGAACGGAGCCUCUGGACGCUGGCAGCACGCCCACACCGCCGCCCACCAAGCCCGUUACUGCCCAGAGCAGUUAGGCAACGAUCUUCGCUCAUGUGGAUGGGGAGUUUUGGAGUGGUAGUUCGAGGGUGCCGACAUCUACUUGUUUUUGUUGUAAUCCCUAAACGCGGACCGGAGAAAACCCCGACAUGUGGCACAUCGAGAGGGCUCAAGGAGUUCCUAGACCUUCUGGAGUUACAGUUCUCCACGACGCGUUCAUUAUUGUUUUUGCAUAAUUUUAAGAUAGCCCCAUGGAUAACUUGUUCCAGUGUUGAGCAAAUAAGCGCUAGCCUGUACUAAAUUCCCCGUAUGCGUAGUUUCAGAAUGCAAUAAAGAAGGAAAUGACCUGUCAGUGUGGAAAAACGAAA